UUACGUUUAAGCAAAGAGGAAUUGCGUAAUUCGCAGAACAACGCAGCUGCACAUCAGAUGUCUACAACAGAAAUAAACAACAACAACGGCGCCACACAGUUUUGCGCGCAGCUGCACAGCGUUCGGCGCCAGAAGUCGCGAAUUUCGGCGACAACAACAACAACGACAGCAACGGGAUCAACACAAACAACAACGGCGCCACACACUUACUCGAUUUGUGCACAGCUGCACAAAGUUCGGCGUCAAAAGUCGCAAAUUUGGGCGACAGCAACGACAACAAUAACAUCAGCAGUUCUGUAUGUCAAACUAUGGGCAGCACUGGAAAUGUAACGGACAGUACUGGAGAAGAGAAGAAUGAGCUAAUCGAAGUAAAAGAUCGAUCAGCCGUCUCGCUCGCACUCGCAAAGGAAGCUACGCUGGAGUUCGACGGAAAAUCAUGUGCACGCAUUUGGGUAAGCCAACUCAAAAGCGUCGCAGCCAUGUGCAAACUUGAUGAGGAGUCGCUUCGCAUGCUAUUGGCCAUAAAGUUAAAAGGAAACGCUCAGCAAUGGCUGCAUGCAAUUUCAACUCGCUUGCGUGAGCCUUUUCAAACGCUUUGCGAUCAAUUGAUAUUAGCAUUCGGCACUGGAGCUUCGAAGGCAGAACUACGACGAAAGUUUGAGCAACGAAAGUGGCAUCAAAAUGAGCGUUUUGCAAUGUACUUCGAGGAGAAGAUCGUUUUAGCACAAUCAAUUAAAUUGGACAACGAUGAGUUUUUGGAACAAAUCAUCGAAGGUAUACCGUCGCUGAACUUGCGCAACCAGGCGCGCAUUCAAAGAUUUGGGGAUCCAAAGCAGAUGUUACAAGCCUUUGCACACAUACGCCUUCCGAAGUACGGUGCAAUGGAAGGUACUAAGAGGACGACGGAGAACAACGACAAGCGAUGCCACAACUGCAACUCCAGGGGUCAUUUUGCUAAGGAAUGCCGCAAGCGAAAAAGGGAGCCUGGAUCAUGUUAUGCUUGCGGAGAGAUGGGCCAUUUCAUAGCAGAAUGCAAAAAGAAGAAGAGUGUUGGUGUACUCAGCAAAAGCACCGGGUUCGACAACAGUUAUGCUCGCCACAGGCAAACGGCCAAGUCGAACGAAUAAACAGGAGCAUUGGGCCAAUGCUAGCAAAGCUUUCGGAACCAGAAAAGGGAAUUCAUUGGGAUUCGGUAAUAGAGACGGUCGAAUAUGCACUAAACAACACAAUACAUCGUAGCAUAAAACAGGCUCCUAGCAAAAUGUUAUUCGGAGUAAGUCAAAAGGGUAACAUUAAAGACGAGCUUAGAGAAAAACUUGAAGAGAUGGAUACAGUAACUGACACGAGAGAUUUAAAACUCAUUAGAAGUGAAGCAAAAGAAGUGCAAAGAAAGGCACAAAAUUACAAUGAAACAUAUUACAACAAAAGUAAGAGAGAAGGUAAAAAAUACAAAAAAGGGGACUAUGUAAUGGUAAAAAAUUUUGACGCAACAGUAGGAGCAGCGAGGAAACUGAUUCCAAAAAACAAAGGGCCAUACGUGAUUGCUAAAGUUAUGCGAAAUGAUAGAUUCCUUAUUAAAGAUGUAGAAAAUUUUCAAGUUUCACGAAAUCCUUACAAGGGCGUUUGGAGUAUCCAAAACAUAAGACCAUGGCUUGGAAAUAAAUAUAAAAGAAAGAAAUAAAUAAUAAGUAAAAAUUAUAUACUAUUAAGUAACUGUGCAAUUAAUAAACAAAAUAAUAGUAAGUGUAUUAAAUAAGAUUUAUUUAUAUUUAUAUAGACAUAAGACUACAAAUAGUUAUUCUUUGUAAAGUCAAGAUCAGGAGAUCUAGUUCGCAGGAUGGCCGAGUUGUAGUAGGACGUGUGCCUACACACACAUACACACAUAUACUCUAACUUAACGCUCUCUCGGCUAUCCGAACUCUCUCUCGAUAUUGGCUCUCUUUAUCAUUUCUCUCAUUCUAUUUCACAAUUCUAUGAUAUACAUAAUUAAGCUACGCGGUCAGUCUUGAUCGAGCAGCAGAAUAAAUCGGACG